CUGGAAGCCGAGAAGCAAUUCGGCAGCUUUGAAGACAAAGUGGGAUUUGUCUGCCAUUGAAGAAGGGAAGAAACUGAGGAAGCGACGCGAGAGGGGGAGGUCGUCGUCGGGGCUCUGCCGGCCCGGAGAGAUGCUCCUGGAGCGAGCGCGCGGCGAGAAAGCGGCCCCGGCCGAGGUCUGCGCCUUCAGCAGGAGCCCAGAAAUCCCGCUCUGCGCAGGCUGCAACCAGCACAUCCUGGACCGCUUCAUCCUGAAGGUGCUUGACCGGCACUGGCACACCAAGUGCCUGAAGUGUAGCGACUGCCAGGUGCAGCUGGCCGAGAAAUGCUUCAGCCGCGGCGGGGAAAGCGUCUACUGCAAGGAAGACUUCUUCAAGAGGUUUGGCACCAAAUGUGCCGCUUGCCAGCAGGGCAUCCCCCCCACCCAGGUGGUCCGGCGGGCACAAGACUUUGUCUACCAUCUCCACUGCUUCUCCUGCAUCGUGUGCAAGCGGCAGCUGGCCACCGGGGACGAGUUCUACCUCAUGGAAGACAGCCGGCUGGUCUGCAAGGCGGACUACGAGACGGCCAAGCAGAGAGAGGCCGAGUCCACGGCAAAGAGGCCGCGCACGACAAUCACAGCCAAACAACUGGAAACCUUGAAAAAUGCUUACAAUAACUCACCCAAACCAGCCCGGCAUGUGCGAGAGCAGCUGUCCUCGGAGACGGGUCUGGACAUGCGGGUGGUGCAGGUCUGGUUCCAGAAUCGGCGGGCCAAAGAAAAGCGCCUGAAGAAAGAUGCUGGCAGACAAAGAUGGGGGCAGUACUUUAGAAACAUGAAGCGGUCGAGGGGGAACUCCAAGUCAGACAAGGACAGCAUCCAGGAAGAAGGCCCAGAGAGCGACGCGGAGGUCUCCUUCACAGAGGAGCCUUCCAUCUCCGAGAUCAGCCACUCCAAUGGGAUUUACAGUAACCUUAGCGAAAGUUCCCCUGCUCUGGGGAGGCAAGCCGGGAGCAACGGGAGCUUCUCCCUGGAACACAGCGGCCUCCCUGCUCAGGACCAGUACCCCGACCUCCGCUCCAACAGCCCCUACGGGAUACCCCAGUCACCAGCCUCUCUGCAAGCAUUGCCUAGGCACCAGCCCUUGAUGUCCAGCUUGGUUUACCCCGACAGUGGCUUGGGCCUCGUAGGGCCAGGUGGACAAGCGGGGCCUCAGCCCAUGCGGGCGCUGGCAGGGAAUGGACCCAGCUCAGACCUCUCCACAGGGAGCAGUGGGGGCUACCCAGACUUCCCUGCAAGCCCAGCCUCUUGGCUGGACGAAGUCGACCAUGCACAGUUUUGAUACAAGACCCAACAGUUUGUAGUGGGGAGAGCCUUCAGACUUUGGAAUUCAAAGAUGGAAGGAUCACGGGAGGGGAUUUUAAAAACAACAACCACCCAGCAGAGACAACGGAAGAAAGCAACACACAACCUCCUAGCCCAAGAGCAGACCGAAAGGAGAAAAUGGACAGGGAGAUGAUCCUUUCCGCUGAAUGGAUGGCCUCCCAGAGUGCAGCAGCUGCUUUUUGGAAUGUUACUGAAGGUCUAACAGAGGACGUGUGGUGCUUUAUAAAUCUGAAGAAGAGCCCUGCUGGAUCAGGCCCAAGGAGGCCCAUCCAGCCCAGCAUCCUGCUCCACACAGUGGCCCACCAGAUGCCUCAGAGAAGCCCACCGGCAAGAGGCGAGGACAGGCCCCCCUCUCAUCUCCUGCUGUUCCUCCUCUGCAGCUGAGCAGUGGGGAGGUUCUUUCGGUCUGAAACUGUUGUCUGUGCAUUCCUCAUCGCAAGGGUGACCCACAAGGUCCCAAUCCACCAGGAGUUCCUAUAUAUUAAAAAAAAAAAGAUCAAGAUUGACAUCCAUUAUGAAAAUAAAAGAAAGGUCCAUGGGAAUAAAAGAUUAAAUUGCCUGCAUUUCAAGUGAUGGUUUUUUGAGAAAAAACCUUUCUGACAGCCAGGUGG